UCUUUAGAAUAUGCCAAGCAAUGCUCCCUCUUCCCCUUUUCCCGAAGAGAUGUUUAUGGAAAGAAUUCAUUUGCUGGCAUAAUCAAUCGAUCGAUAUGAAGUAGUUGAAUUUAGAUAUAAGACAAAAAAAUGUGUGAAUAAUGAAAACAAAAGUAAUGCUUAAGUUCUUCCUGUCUAUGCAUAUUGAAGGCUUAACUGUUUCGGAGUAUAUUGGUGCCGUGACCAGGAUUAUGCUUGUUAAAAAAACUUUUCUUUGAUCCACUCAGCAUUCUCGCUAACUGAACCUGAAUUGAACAUGUAAUAGGCCUUUCAUUUUUAAUUAACUCCACUGUCAAAACAUAUCGCAAACGGUACCACCGGAUGGCUUUAUCCCAUAUGCGUUGAUUGAUAUUAUUGAAGCGUGUCACCACCUCCGUAAAAUCGGACAUUUUAAACAUCUAUUAGCGUACCUGGGUACGACAAAAUUAUCCGACUUCAUUUGCGCCAUGGCAUGACAGAAAUUAAUUGCAAUUACAAUUACACGCCAACUGCUUAUACGUUUUUGGGAUACGGGAUUGAUUUACCUUUUCCGUGGUCGCGCAUUCAACCGUGCGUCUGGCCUUCUGGGUACCAUCUACGGGGCAGCUCGCCAAACGCACCACAAAGGCGACAGCAGGUCUGGGCCGGUUCGCGAUCCUGCUUUGGUGCAAUAAUUAAUGAUCGGAAGAUACCGUACAUGAUGAAAGCGCAAUACGCAAAGCUGCCAUUUGCAUCAUAAUUUAUGAUUUGUCAGCGAGUGCGUAAGAUUUAUAAAUGAAUCGUAGCAUUUUACAAAGUACGCACGUAUACAUAGUGGUACAAAGGUACAUUUUUGUAUACUUUCAAAUUCCCCUCUAAAUAGUUCGAGGGGUACGGGGGAAAAAUCCAAAAUCACCCUUGCUGAGCUUUCAGCAGUAUCUAUCCGUACAUGCGUUUGCGUAAACGGGUGAGGCAUUCCCAUUUUGCGUAUUAUCUGCACCAUUUGUGGUGCAUGGAACCAAUUUGGUGUGAUUGGUGAGAUGACUUCUAUGCUGUCCAACGUCGUACAAACACUCCCCUGGGGGAUGGUUGAUCGAUUUUGAUACUUGCUAGCGGUUUGCUGCUGAUAAUGAUGACCAAACAUAUUUAACAUACCAACCGUGGAUUAAACAUAGUUCCCAAAAGAAGGUUUCUAUAACUUGUGCUCAAAACCUCCGUUGAAGUAUUUAAUACCGAUAUAGUCGCUGAUAUCCUUAAAUUGCACUGAGCGUGAUUAUAGACAUUUUUGUAUAAUGAAGCUUAUUAUUUGAAAGCCAUACGGUGGGGCCAGUUACUAUCCUAAUUAACUGAGCACGAGUGCACUACCCCUACUGUACCCCAUUUCCUUAAUAGGUUUUUUCAUCUUCCACGGAACACACCAAUUGCCCUAAUGCGGCAUAAUUAUCCGAGGAUGUGGAUUCACCUGCAUUCACGCAAUCGGUAUGAAGUUGCCGUGUCGGAUCGGGUUUUUGAAGACUGCAUCAAACGCGAAAUGCCGCAGCGGAACUGCGUUCCAAUAGUGCACAUUGGCCAAAGGAAUAGUUCACCGCUAGUUGCCGUAGGUUAAGGAUGUUCGUGAAGCUAUGUCGCCCAUUUUUGGGGAUGCUUCUGUUGCUACCAGUUGCACCAACCGUCAACGCCAUCGUGUACGUGAGGAUGAAGAACGAACGGGGCCCAAUGGCUGCCCAUGCUGGUGUACAGUGCAUUGAGCUGCUGAGCCAUACCUACUUUCAUAUGAGCGAAUCAACGCAGAUUGAAAACAUAGUAAUUUUCUAUCUGCGGAACUUGAGCUCGCCGGCACGGGAGAUCCUGCUCGGGUACCUUCAGCAGCAUCAUACGGGUUACGACUCCGAUAAUGAAGAUAGUGCAGUGGACGCACUGAAAGGAAACGGUUCCGGGGACUCGUCUCAGUUUCAGCUGAAAGUUAUGUCAGACACGGUAUCGUCCGAGGACAUUCGAAGGGCACAGUUCAAGGAUCACAAGCAGAUAGACUACUACGUUAUCGUGAUCGAUAGCUACGAUGGACUCCGGCAGGCGCUGGCCCGCGUUAGCGCCACUGCGGCAUUCAAUCCGCGCGGUAAGUUUGUCGUGCUGUACAACAAUCCGCUCGAUCGUGAUUCCAACCGUCGGAUGGCGAACCAGGCCCUGAUGCUGCUGUUCAUCGGCCAUCAUUCGGUUAACGUGCUGUUUGCAUUUGCGAUCGAUGCCGUCAGCUACCACGUGUACACCGGUGACCCAUAUCAUGGAGCCGCGGACUGCGGACAGAUGAAAGCGCUCAAGGUGGCAACGAUCGUGAACGGUACCUUCACGAACCGCAUGCUCUCGAUGGCUAUGAUCAACAUCCCGAAGGUACCGCCGCAGCUGGAAACCUGCACGUUUCUUCUCUGCACACGUGUCGCACCACCGUUCAUCGAUCAGGACUGCCGACGGGGUCUCGAGCUGCAGAUAAUGGAUUUGUUGCGCGAAUCGAUGAAGUUCAAGGUGAACGUCUCGUGCAGCGAAAUGGACCGAGGUGAACCGAUGCCCGAUGGGAAUUGGAGCGACCUGCUCGGGUUGAUGCGGGCGGACGAGUGUGACAUCAUUGCCGGCGGCUUCAAUCCCGACUUUGACGUGCACGAUGAGUUCGGGUCGACGACGCUUUACCUGCAGGACUAUCACACCUGGUUUGUGCCGGCGGCUGGUCUGGACGCCCGCUGGAAGUUGCUGCUCCACAUCUUCGAAGUAAGCACCUGGGAGCUGUUUGCGUGUGUGCUGUUCAUCUCGGGACUGGUGUGGCGUUCGGUUGCACACUUCCUACCGGAGUGUGACGCCCAUCGGGAGCUGUCCAUGUGUUUCCUCAACACCUGGUGCGUGUUUCUGUGCAUUUCGGCAAACAAUCGACCGGACUGCAAUGCGCUAAGACUGUUUUUCAUGGCACUGACGCUGUACGCGCUCAAUGUGACCACCAUCUACACUAGCAUCUUGAUAACGGUGCUUACCAAUCCCCCACUCGCUUAUCAGGUGGACACAAUCGAGGAGAUCCUGGCGAGCGGUAUCCCGAUUGGUGGAAGAGUCGACAGUGAGGAUUGGUUUAUAAACGAUUAUGAAGACGAUCAGCUUGUUUCCGAGCAGUACAACGCGUCGUCCGAGUUUCAACCAUCACUCGCUAAUCUUCAGGCCGUGGUGGAAGGCAAUCGAUCACUGCUCAUGAGUCGGCUUUACGUGCGCAACACCAAGUACUAUGGGUUAGUGCACGGUCUGUCAAAGGAUGUGUUUGUGACGCAGAUUGAGAUGAUCAUGGAGAAAGGUUUCCCACUGUUGCCCAAGUUUAAUCGCAUCCUUUCCAAUCUCAUCGACAUGGGCAUCAUGCAGAAGCUGUGGAAAGACUUCCUCUACAACGUCACCAUACUGGAUCGGAUCAAGCGGCAUCGAGCACUUAGUGAGGAGGACAUUAUUGCCGCCUCGCCAGAGGUUGUACUGACUUUGGAUCAUCUGCAAAGUGCUUUUGCGCUGUACGGCAUUGGGUUGUGUUUGUGUGUGGUGGUGUUUUUGUUGGAAUUGAUUUCGACAACGCGCUGGAUUCGUCAGCUGAGGAACAUUGUGGAAAGGAAGUGGGACGACUUAUUAGUACGAGUACAGCUGAAGGAACGAACUGCUAGUGUGAUAGUCAUAAAGCCGAAAAAGAGAGUAAAAUUCAGGAAGACGCACAAAUAGCUAAUUACACAUUCAUAAACAGUCUUAACCUUGGUAAAACUUUUUUCUAAUUGAAUAUUGAAUAUUUUUACUAUUGACAAACCAUUUUACUAGUCUGAGAAAAUUUUUAAUGUAGUAAUUUAA